CUCGGCUGGUACGUAUUUCCAGCCACGCUGGGUGUAAGGGAGAAGAGGCUGCUGUCGUUUUCAGUGGAGAUUUUGGCAAUUUCCUUGUGGAAAGAUACAUAUAUCUAUUUUUAAAAUUAUCAUCGUUUAAGAAUGGGCGUUGAAAUCGAGACAAUAUCGCCAGGAGACGGCAGGACAUUUCCAAAAAAAGGACAGACAUGCGUUGUUCACUAUAUAGGAAUGCUCCAGAAUGGCAAGAAGUUUGACUCUUCUCGAGACAGAAACAAGCCUUUCAAGUUCAAAAUUGGCAAACAGGAAGUGAUUAAAGGCUGGGAAGAAGGCAUGGCACAGAUGAGCUUGGGGCAAAGGGCAAAACUGACCUGUACCCCUGACAUGGCAUAUGGUGAAACAGGACAUCCUGGAGUCAUCCCAGCCAAUGCCACACUUAUCUUUGAUGUAGAGCUGCUGAAGUUGGAGUGACAAAGUCCUUAAUUGAUAUUUAAUUGCAAGGGAUGACAUGGGGAUUCUGGGUUUCAGUACUGUGGAAUAGAUCUUCGGUGGCUCAAGAAGCCUAUUAGAAGAAUUUUAUGAUAUUGAUUAAAAAGAUCCCAUCCUAUCAACCUACUUACAUCCUGUUCGUUUUGCUCUCAAUAUUUGGAAUUGUUAGUUUUGACUGCCAGUGUUGUUCAUUUGUAGAUCCUGUGUUUAUGAGAUUCUUCUUUCAAUUUUUAUUGAUUUCUGUAAUGUUUAAUUGCAUGAGAUAUAUGAUAACUUUGAAUAAUUCCAAAUUAUUUGACAAACUUGACUGGGGUCUAACCUAAUUUUUGAAUAGCAAAGACCUUAAAAGCAGGCCUGCUAAGAUUUUAUGGAAUUAAAGUAAAUGGGCAUUCAUAAGAAUCUACAGGACCUGUAUUACCAGUCUUACUCUGAAGGAAGAACUUGUGUAAAACUUAAUUGCUUGUUUAAAUAAAAAAAAGUGAUGUUCACCUUUAAAAAAUAUAGUCCAGGUAAUUGUAUGUUUCUUUUUUAUAUUGGGAAAUGAUUAUCGUUAAUGUUUGUGAUCAUAAAUUUUGGCAAAACCCCUCGGGCUAUAAGCUUAGAAAUGAAACAUGCCGGCACAUCUAGAGCAAAACAAAAAUGUCAUAUUGCAAAGAGAUCUUACAAAAUAUUUGUAAGGUUAAGUAAUUGUAUGUGUUUAAAAGAACUUGGCCACUUUAAAUGAGAGGGCAGGACAUUAAUGUUUACAAAUAACAACAGAAAUGCUGACACAGUCAACAAGUCAGGCAUUUUCUUUUCCUGUUUAUAUUUCAGAUUUCCAGCAAAUUGUUUUUUUUUAACAUUUUCUUAAUUGUGCUUUUGUUGAAAU